AAGUUAACAUGCUUGACCUUCAAGCUUGCACUGGAAAGGAUGAGACAUUCAGUUAAAAGCUCUUCCUCCGCCUCAUGUUAGGCAGCUCACUCCAGUGCUCCCGCACGCAGAUGACUGAGCUGCUGAAGGGGUUCUUCGGGAUUCAGAAAAAUGAGCUGAGAUGACUGUCUCCUCAGUCAUUUCGAGAUGUAUUAUUGUACUUCUUACUUUUUCUAUCAAUUACUUCCCUCUUCUGCCUGUUGGCUGCCUAAGAGCGAUCACUACUGGGUACCUGGUUGUAGAGCCAGCUCCACUCUUUCUCAUGGGCUCAAAUCUGACGGUGUACUGCCACACCGAUAAAUGUGAUAGGAGUGCCGAGAUAUACAUGGUGCUAAAUCGCAAGACUGUGGAUAAAUGGGAGAGACUCAACUGCACUACAGUGAAAUUCUAUCUGCCCAGCAUAUGGAUCCCACUGUCUACAGCGGUCUGCAGUAAUCGUAUGCAAAGAGUUGUCACUGGAGUGGAUCUACGAGCUGGCCUGCCUCCAGAUAAACCUGACACUAUAACAUGUGAAACAGCAAGGAGCUCAUCCUUAAUAAACUGCUCGUGGACGAGGGGGCAGGAAACGUACCUCCCUACUCUCUACAACAUUUCUGUAAACAGGGAAAAUGGGAGUCAGAUACGUCUAUUUCAAAUCCAGGAUGCUGACAAAAUCGCCAUACCACGAAGAAUGUUUGAUGAAAACACUACAUUCCUGAUCACUAUCACUGCUUCCAACCACUUUGGAACAUCACAGUCCGAUCCAGUCGUCCUACGUGUGAAGGACAUAGUGAUUCCCGAUGCACCUAUUAUUAUGCGGAUAGAGUUUCAGAGCAAUUCCGUAGCAGCCACAUUGCAAUGGAAAAGCAAUGAAUCCUCGGUUCAUCUCAGACCUCAUGUCAUGCUGCGCACAAACAACACUUCCUGGGAAAUGAGAGCGGGCGUGGAACUUGGUAAGAAUCUCAUACGGGUAGAUAAUCUAACACAUCUGACUGAGUAUGAGUUCCAGAUGAAAAUAUGCAACACAGCACCUGUGCUGACACAUACCAACGCAAGUAGUAUUACCGCCAGAAAGGCAUUGCUUUGCAGCAAAUGGAGCCCGUCUGUGAGGAAGAAAAGCCCUGGAAAAGGUCCAUCCCAGCAGUUGCAAGUUUGGAGGAAGGUGGAGAGGCAGGGAACAGACAGCCAGAGGAACGUGACUGUUUUGUGGAAGCCUCUACCACGAGAGGAUUUCAGUGGCAAGGUGAUUGAGUAUGACAUCUUUCUGGAUAACGGUCUGAAGCUUAAAACCUGUGCUGCCGAGUGCAUCCAGUGUUCAGUUCAGCUACCAGCAGAGGUUAGCAGCCUGAGCAUCAGUGCGGUCACCACAUAUGGAAAGUCGCCACCAGCUGAUGUAAUUCUCAGACAAUCAGGUGUCCCUGGAUCUCUUCUGAUCAAAUUGAGCCCUGCUGCUGAUGGUGCUGUGUUUGUUUCCUGGUCGUGGACAACAGGAAACUACCCAUCGACACAGGAGGAAGAACUGCGGUAUUACGUGAUAGAAAGGACAAAUGUAUCUGGAGAAGGGCUGUGGUGGCAAAAGUUGGCCAAAGAUCUAAACAGCACAUCAAUCACAGGUUUGGCUCCAGGUGAGAGGUAUAACAUCUCUCUGUAUGCUGUGACCACCAGAGGUGUCAGUGCUCCAUCAUCCAUACUGCUCUACUCCAAAGAACAGAAGCCACUUUCUGGUCCAAGCCUCUCUGUGCUGGCCCACGAGGCCAGACGCAUCCAGAUCCAGUGGGAGGAGCUGCCCGUAUACCAGCAGAGGGGUUUCAUCACAAAGUACAACAUCUAUUGCAAAACACUGGAAUCCAAAGACAAAGAAUUAAAUAAGACUGUGUCUGCACCUGGUCCAAGGCAGGAGUGGUUGAACUGUCCUGAAGGAGCUGUGGUUCUGCAAAUGACUGCAUCCAACUCAGCAGGAGAAGGACCGCGAGGGCGCCAGAUCUCCUCUCAGCCUGCAGCUCCUCCAGUUGGCCUGGUGGUUGUGUGUGUUUUCAUCGUUGCUAUCUUCAUUGCGAUCAUAACCAACCUGAUGUGCUGGAGAUGCGUGAGGGAAAGGAUCAAACAGAAAUGUAUAUCCUGGGGACCUGCCUGGCUAGUUGAAAACUUGCCAAAACCUGGACACAGUAAUGCCAUCAGACUAUUGGAGCACGACGGAGUCGAACCAUUAUUCUCGUGCACCCACAAUGACCCUCCACUGUCCCCCAUCACUGUCAUCUCCCAGGAGGAAAGGGAUGAAAUCUACCCCAACAUCCAUGUUGAAGAGCCCCAGAUUGGAUCAGGACCACUGACAGUGAAAACACCUUUCCUGAUGUCAGAUACUGAGAAAAUGCUUGUUGACAGAAGGCUCGAGCAUGUUGGCUACAAACCCCAGAUUGGCAUGAUGACUUCAGAAGAAGAGGAGGUGAAUGAAGUGGAGGAGAAGCAGAUGGACACUUCAUCAAAUGGGGAGGACGGCAGUUGUUCAAGUGUGUUUGAAGGAUUACUGAGUGGCUUGUUGUUGAGUGUGGAUGUGAAUUCCUCUUAUUCAUCUCGGGAACGUACUCACGGCUUUUUGAAUGAUCGUCUGAGACCUAAACCUCCUGAACCAAGCACAAUAUCUAGAGGCUUUCCGUUCUUACAACAACAUAGAGGGACUGUGGAUGAAGUAGAAACAGACUCUCCAUCUCCGGACUUGCCACAGGAUGAGAUUAUGACUCCUGACGCAGCAGACCCCAGCUUGUCUCAAUGUACUGGUGAGAUAAUACUGUUUGGCGGUUACUUCCCUCAGAUUGCUGCCGUCAGCAGUGAUCAACUGUAGCAUGGACGAUGGGGACAACGCAAAGAAAAAAAGAUAAACCUGCACUACAAAGAAAGCAUUAUCAAAGCACCUUAUCGCUUGAAAUGAUGAUUUCAGUAACUUUGUGCGAUCAGAAUGAAAAUCUGUCUGAAAUUGUUGUCAAAAAACAAAUUCAUGAAAUAAAUUUAAAGCAAAAAAAAAAA